AAUUCAAAAUUUCAGCGGCUGUGAGUGUGUUGUUCUUGACGCUCGGGCGUAUUGAAGUUUUAACACUUAAGUUUAACCAUUUUAACAUCUUUAAUAGGGUUUUCCACAGUCUUCCAGAUUUCGACCUCUUUUGUCGGUCAUGUCUUUCUCAAGAGCUCCAUUAAAGAGAUUUAACGAGCAUGUCGGCUGUGCUCCUCCACCUGGUACAUAUGAUGUGAAGUCUGGUGAGGUGAAAGGACCUGCAUCAUUUCAUAAAGCAGAGCGCUUCAGGACAGCUUCCAAAAAAGAGGUACCCCUGCCUUCUCCAUCAAAAGAAGUACCCAUGUCUCCAGUUCGGAGGACCAUGUCUGUUGAUGGUUUGGCUGAUGCAUUAAGUUCCAAAAAGGACAAAAACAGUUUCACACUUGAGAUGAAACAUCAGAGACUUCUAGAGAAAGAGAUCCGUUCUUUGGUGCAGCAGAGAGGAGAGCAGGACCGCAGGCUGCUGACCCUGGAGCAAGAGCUGAAGAAGUUGGAGUCUAAAUUGCUUGUGGCUGUCAGAGAGAAGACGGGCCUCGCAGCCAAUGUGGCUUCUCUCGAGAGGCAGCUCGCAGAGUUAAAGAAGGCUAAUGAGUUCCUGAAGACCAAGGUCUCUGCGGAUAUCACCAAGAAGAAGAUCAACUCUCUUUCUAUGGAGCUUAUUGAGGCCAAAAAUAAACUGGAUGCCAAAGACAAAGAGCUGAGUUUCCUUCAGAUCAGCUCAGAGGGGAAAGUAAAGGUCUUGGAAACGGACCUGGAGACCGCCAGAACAACUUUUAGAGUUCUCCAGGAAAGGAACAAAGAUCUUGAGGACCUUCAUCAGGAGACCAGAGUCCAAAAUGAGCAGCUCGAGAAUGAGAUGGAUAAACUGCAUAACAUAAUCCAGGAGCUGAGGGUGGAAAUCAAAGCCCUGCAGAGUUACUUGGACUCAGCAAAUGAAGAGAUUCAGGAUUUGCGGAUUAAGCUCCAGGACAAAUCCACCAUGGAGCGCCGGUUCUCCGACACUCAAGAGAACCUCAGUGAUGCGGAGAAAAAGUUGGAGAAACGUACCAGUGAGCUGCAGGACUGUCGGGAGGUGCUGAAAGCAAAGGAAGAGGAGCUGCGGAGGUCUCAGCAGGAACUGCAGGGCUCCCAGAGGGCUCUAGAAGAGAAGGAGAGGGAGAUGGCGCAGCAUGUGCAGGAUCUCCAUGCCUCACAGGCCUCACUAAAAGAGCUGGAGGAGCAGAUUCAGCGGGCAACUCAGGAUCUUGAAGAUUCCCAGAGCGUGGUACGGCAACAGGAGCAGGAGCUGGCCCGCGUGAAGGAGAUCUUAAGGAGGACCGAGGACGAGCUAGAUCAGCGUGUGGCGCUCAUGGGCGAGCGAUGCUUGGUUCUAGAAGACGAAAGGGCCAGGACACAGGAGGAGGGUCUGCGACGGGUACAAGAGUUGAAGGCAGAGAUCAGCUCUUUGGAGGAAAGUAGGAAGUCUGAGAAAGAAGCAUUUGGAAAGCUGAAGGAGGAACAUGAUGCACUGACCAAACAGCUGGAAGAAGAAAAGACUCACAGCGGCUCCCUGGCUAGCAUGCUUGAGCGCCUGAGAGAUGAGACUGAGGCGGACAGGAGACAGCUCGGCGAGGAGCUGGAGGACGCGCUCGAGGAGCUGUCGGAGCUGGAGAAGCAGGAACGAUGUAGUGAGGAGGCCAUCCAGCACCUCACGCAGAAGAACCAGACACUGGAGCAAGAGCUGAAGAACACUUGCAUCGAGUUAGAGAAGAAGUGUGCUGAGAUGCAGGCUUUAGAAGAGGCUCAUGUGAUGACAAUCAAAAAACUAGAAGAGGAUCACAACAGCUGUCUUGCUAAGCUGGGAGAUGUGACUACUGACUUUGAGAGCACAAGACGGUCUCUGGGUGAGCAGAAGGUGCAAGCAGAGGCUCAAGCCCAUCAGCUGCAGGAAGAGAUGAACCAACUGAAGCAACAGCUGCAGCAGGACCAGCAGAAACUCAUAAGCUACCAGGAGAUGCAGGAUAAACAACGAGAGGAGCAUGCGAGGAUGCUUUUAGAAGUUCAGACUAAGCUGGCUCAGAGAGAGGAAGAGUCAAAGCGAGCAGCAGAGACUUGGAGUGAGGAGCUGAGACUCCUGCGGACGGAGGUGGAGCAGGAGAGAGGAGAGCGAGAGCGGGCUCAGACCCAGCUGGAGAGGGAACAGAAGAGAAGGCAGUCGGUGGAGGGCCGCUCUGCAGAAGCCAGCAGUCUGCAGGGUCGCGUGGAGGAACUGGAAGAUGAGGUUUCAGAGCUGAACAGGCAGGUGCAAGAGGAAAGAGACACUGCUCGCCGUCAUGCUGUGGAAUGGCAGCAGGAGAGACAACAGCUAUGCAGACAGAUGGAAGAGGAAAGACAAGACUACCACAAACAACUCGCAGAGGCUCAGAUGCAGAGCACGUGUGAUGCAGAGACUGAACACUGGAGAAACUUGUAUGAAGAGCUCUACGCUAAAGUAAAGCCAUUCCAGGAACAGCUGGACCGCUUUGCGGCAGAAAGGAACGCUUUGUUGAGUGAGAAAGGAGCCACGCAGGCCGAACUGAACAAGCUAGCUGAUGCCUACGCCAACCUGAUGGGUCAUCAAAACCAGAAACAGAAGAUCAAACACAUGGUCAAACUAAAAGAGGAGAACUUGGAGCUCAAACAAGAAGUGUCCAAGCUAAGGGCACAGGUUGGGAAACAGAAGCAAGAGCUCGAUAGGCUCAAGUCCAGUCAGACAUCUCGGAGAUUUGACCCCAGCAAGGCUUUCAAACACGAGCUCAAAGAAAACCAGCAGCCCACCUCAGCUCUUACACCAGGCAACAAAAAAUUGUAUUGAAGGAUCACUCACGGACUACUCCUGUGUAAUGCCUGUGGCCUAUGGGCGAGUUUGAAACACGAGCACUGUGACGGGGAAGUUCAGCGCUCGGAUGUCCUGACUGUGCCUCUACGAUGAUGCUGAUCUUAUUUAUGUAUGUUUUUAUUUUGUGUGUGAAUUUAAUACAGUGGUAUUACCAUUGUUAUUGUCACUCAAUAUCUAUGUAUAUUUGACAACAUUUUUUAGAUGUUGGUCUUGAUUUGAUUACAGUGGUGAAAAUGGGCUUAAAUGGGCUUUGAUUCACUUGGGAUGUUCUGUUUUUUGUUCAGCACCAGGUGUCUGAUUAUCUUGAACCUUUAAAAAAAAGUUCAAAAUUAGCCCACUCUUUGUUUAAAAGUGUCCAGAGAGCCUUUUGAGGAGCAGUUCUGUUUAGUCCUCUUUUCUAUGAAAGUUUAGUUCUUGCAAUAUUUUAUAAUGUUAAUGCUUAAUUUGAUUGUUUGUCUGUCACUGGUCUUAAAGGGAUAGUCCACCAAAAAAUGAAAGUUGUCAUAAUUUACUCACCCACAUGUGGUUCCAAACCUGUAUGCUUUUUUUUUUUUUUUAAUUCUGUGGAGCAUAAAUGAUAUGUUGAGGAGUGUUGGUGACUAAACCAUUUUGGUUCCACUGAUUCCCAAAACUUUAGUUAUAAACGCAUCAUUCUGUUGUCCACAGAAGAAAGUCAUACAGGUUUAGAACGGCAUAAGAGUGAGUAAACAAUUAAACCAUUUUGUUUUUAGGGUGGACUGUCCCUUUUAUGUCUAAACUAUAUAUGUCUUAAUUGUAUGUGUCGUCUUUUUAUUUUAAAAGAGUAGAAAGUGUGAGUGGAAUCAUUUUAAAAUAAAAUAAAAUAUUGUUUUUUUCUA